AAUCAGAAGUAGAAGACACUACCGAUCUUAAUUUGACGGUAGAACCGAAAAUUGAAAACUUAGAAGACUUUAUAACUAUUCUCCUAACUGAUGUAUCUCAAACUAUCCAGCCAACGACUAAAAGCUUAACCAAUUCGUUUAUUGGUGGAACUUGGAAAACCCAAGUAGACAAGAAGUUGACUCAACUCACUACUCAAGGCUGA